AUGAAUUUCUACAAUAAUGCAGCGCUUGUGCUCGAUCACCUCGACAAGAACCCGGGCAGUGUCAAGGGCUCUUUGAAUGCCUCGGGGGUGCAGGUCCAGGGAGGAGAGGCGAAACGUGUUUUAGCUUUGGUGAUUGAGACCUUGAAAUACAAGCCGACCAUCGCGUCUCUACUGGAGACCGUCCCCCUCGGCCAGCUCGAACGCCUCACGUUCCCCCGCAAAACAGGCUAUCGCCAACCCUCAUCCCCCUCCCUCCUCCUCGUCAUGCUACAUGACCUCCUCCUCUCCCCUCGCAAAAAGAUCGAGGCCAGCGACAAGUGGCCACCAAAAGAAGCCGUCCUGCGUCAUCAAGCUCGACUUCGCGCCGAGCUCGUCCGAAUACAAAUCAAGGCUGGCAAGAGCCGGGUGGAGGACCUGGCCAAGACCGCAGAGGGAGCAGCGGAGGGCGGCGGGUGUCGGUACGUCCGGUACAACGGGAAUGUGGAGCUCUGGGGGCUGGAGCACCUCCAUAUCCACCUCAAGCGGAAGGGCUUCGAGCGGCUGCCGGCGGAGGUACAUCCCGUACCGCUCAAGGCGUACUUUCACGAUCGGCAUCUGGGGGAGGAGGUAUUGGUAUUCAACGGGCGGACGAAUUGGUGGGUCGGGGACGAGUGGUAUGAGGCCGGAGCGGUCAUACUGCAGGAUAAGGCGAGUUGCAUGCCGGCCAAGGUGGUCAUGGAGGGAUGGACAGAAGGCGAGGGGAGGUGUAUCGACGCAACCGCAGCUCCAGGGAACAAGACCAGCUACAUGUCCGCUCUCGCUCCAGCAGCCAGUAUCACGGCCUUCGAGAGGGAUGCGAAACGUUAUCAGACGCUCGAGACGAUGCUGCGGAAGGGAGAAUGUCGGAAUGUCAAGGCGAUUCAGGGGGACUUCCUCGAGUCUGACCCCACUGGUAGCGAGUGGAGGACCGUCACCAGGAUAUUACUCGACCCAAGUUGUUCCGGCUCGGGUAUCGUCAAUAGGCUAGACUACCUUAUGGAGAACGGUGAUGUGGAAGCAGACGAAGUCAAGGCGCAACGCUUAGAGAAGCUAGCUGCGUUCCAGCUUCAGAUGAUCUUACAUGCCUUCAAAUUCCCUUCCGCCAAGCGUAUCGUCUACUCUACAUGCUCUAUCCACCCAGAAGAAGACGAGCAAGUCGUGCUCGCCGCUUUACAGUCCAAGGAGGGCAAGGAGAAGGGCUGGACGUUGGCGCCGAGAGACGAGGUCCUGCCUAGUUGGGAGCGGAGAGGAAGGGCGGAGCACCUGGACGGGAAGCAGGACUGGGCAGACUCGGUCAUACGGUGUCUCCCUGAAGAUAGCACCAACGGGUUCUUCGUAUCCUGCUUUGUCAAAGCCGAUCCUUCUGCUCCUGCCCCAGCUGCUACAUCUGUCCCAGGAGCGACCAAGCGGAAGCGCGAGAAGGGGGCAGCGGCUGUAUCGGUCAAGCCUGCGGAAGAUGACAUGGACAUGGACGACGCAGCUGGCGAGACCGAGGCGAUCGCGAAAGAGGCAGUGGCGGCCAAGGAGAAGACGGAUGCUCAGGCUGAGCGGGCGAGGCGGAAGAAGCAGGCGCAGAAGAAGCGGAGAAAGGUGGAUGGUGGAGCAGAGGGAGGGGAGACACUCUGA